CCUGAGUGGUUAAGAUUGUAUUACAACAUCUUACUUCUGCCUUUUAAAUGCGGUAGACAGCGGAUACAAAAAUGAUAGUAAAGUUAAUUUAUGUGGCACUUCUGUUGGAGGUUUUUAUCUCAGCUGUUGAAGGAUGGAAUUGCGUCUCAACGGCCGUAAAGGUCUACAGUAGAAUAAACGCAAAAGCAGUUCUCCAGUUUGACAUCUCAGCUGAUGUAAAUCCCUCUAAUAGUAUCACAUUCAGUAUUCGGUUUUAUAAUGGUACUGUGAUAGCACUUGUAAGAUACAUGUCAAAUGGAGAAAUCACAAUACAAAAAUUACCCGGUGUUGAUGUAACGGCUGAUGCUUCAGGAAAUGUUGCGGUUACACUGAUAAAUGUUGGAGAAGACAAUCAAGGUGUAUAUUUUAUUUCUGGUGGAGGAAGUUCUGCCAGAUGUAACUGCUUGUACAUAUUAGGCAUCCCUUCUAAGGCAAAAAUAUCAGUUAAUGAAAACCCAAAUGUAGGAAGCAGUAUGACUUUAACAUGCACGAGUACUUCAACUACCACACCUAAUAAUCACAGUCUCAGUCUAACAUACAACUGGAAGGUAAAUGAUGUUUACAAUCCUAGUGGUACGAGGUAUAUUUACUCUACCAGCAGAAAAACAUUGACCCUUUUGCGGGUUGAACAGAAUGAUAUUGAUAAACAGUUUACUUGUUCAAGUACAGAAAACGUCAUUGAUGGCUACACAUCGAACAACAGUGAUCAAACAUCUCUGAGGGCUAUCUACGGACCAAAAAACAUUUACUUUAGUCCGACUACUUCUAAUUACACGAGAGCUGAAUACACCGAUUUUAACCCUGUGACCUGCAAGGCUAGCUGUAACCCAGGAUGCUCAUUCCAGUGGACUAAGAUAGGCGAAGUACAAUCUGUUUCCAAUACAUCUGAACUAAAUCUGAAAAAUCUGACUCGAACACAGGCUGGAACAUACAUAUGUACUGCAAUGACGUCAGGCGGUUUUUCAAUGAGAAAAUAUCUCGUAAUCAAUGUAAUUUAUGGCCCAGAUACGGCAAAUAUCAGUGUUCAUUCUCCAUACAAUCUUACAGAAGGUGAAGAUCAAAGAAACAUCACUUGUUCUUCUGACUGUUAUCCAGGAUGUACAUAUAGUUGGAAAAAUAUCUCUAGUAGUCUGUAUAUAAGUUCAAAUGGUUUGUUGCAUCUUCAGUAUGUGAACAGGUUUGUGUCAGGAAGGUACAUAUGUACAGCAAGGAAUACAGCCAUUGACUAUGCGCACUCUUCGGAUGCUGUUGUCAUGGUUAAUGUUGAAUAUCCUGCAUUAAUUAGUUCGUUCUAUGUAGAAGGACGUGAAGGGGAAAUAAAUACUAUUGCUGAAGAACAUGCUGACAUACAAUUUACAUGUAUAACGGACAACAGUGUUUCUUCAACUAUCAAAAUUAUGUUCAACGAUCAUAUUUUGAAAAUGACGGAAGCCUUUCAUACGAAAUACGUGACAUUCACUCGUCGGAAAAUCGCAUGCUCUCAAGGUGGUUUGUAUGUGUGUGAAGGAACGAACUUGUAUGCUCAAACAACACGGAAAAACAUAACGAUGCUCAUAAAAUGUGCUCCCCGUCCACAGCGACAGUUAAACUAUAAUAUUACAAGUUCUUUGAACGUUCCUGCUAGACUCAGUUUUACAGCCAUAGCCUAUCAUGAACCAGGUCCUACAGGAUUUUUAUGGCACAAAGAAGAAGCUAGGAAAUGGAUACCAUUAUUGAGUAAUGACGAUUUACAGAUGUCUUCUUCGGGAUUACAAACAAAUCUUACUAUUCUAAAUGUAUCACAUCAAAACUUUGGACAGUAUCGACUAACAGUUAUGAAUGACAUUGGGAAGUAUGAGCAGUAUAUGUUUCUUGAAGAAAAGGAUUUCCAUGAACAACAUAUCAAAGAUUGCUCAAACACCACUGCAGUGUUCGUUGGUGUUUCUCUUGGUAUUGUUUCAGGCGCCCUUGCAGUAUAUUCCAUUUGCAUUACUAUUUGGGUUAAAAAACAUUUACUUAAAGGCGGAACCAAGUAUGAAACAAGAAGAGAAAGACAGACGUAUACCAAUGAGGUUCCCCUCGAGGACACACACGCUGAAGAAACCAGCCGAGAGGCAAGAGAUAUCAAUGAUCCACAAUACACAAGUUUAGAUGAUGCCUUUAAGGACAGAAACGACACCUAUGAAAAGAUUGGGACGACAGAAACAUAAAACAACAGAACUCAAUGCAUGCUAAGCAGACACAUAAGCAAUUACACAUUGUCUACUUAUUUUCUUGUCAAAUAAACGCACAAAGAUUCUUACUUCCAAAACGUUGUGGGAGUAAUAUAGAUAAUAUUGUGUUUAAAAUGUUCUAAGAGUUCGACGAUAGACGGAUGCCAGUCAGUGGUUUGACGUAAGUACACUACCAAGACAAUCACCUUUGAAAAUAAUGGUAUCAUAUAUGUUAUAAAGAAGUCAUUUUUUAAAAUAUUUUAUGCAAAUAUUGGUAUUUCUAAGCUCAUAUUUCACAAAAUGGGUUUUGUAGUUUUGAAAAUUUUGAAAAUGUACGUGUCCUUAACUGUUUUGGAAAUGCAAUCAUUCGUUGAAAAGUAAUAAAGAAAAUACCUACACAUAUGUUACUUACUGGCAUUGCAUUGCUUUUGUGUUCUUUGAUUCAUCUUGAUGGGCUUACUAAAUUGACCGGUUUACAAGUAAAAUUCAAGACACUCUUUUUUCUGUUUAGUUCUGUUCGAAUCUUGGUUGAAUAACCUUUAUAAAAUUCAAUUACAAUGAAAUCUUAAGGGUUAUUGGUUAAAAAGGCAGAAACGAUUUAAUCAAACGGAGUUUUUGCAAAUUAAUAACCUUGAAAGAAAUAAUAAUAAUAAUGUGAAAAGUUCAUGGACGGGAAAUAACGGAUUUUUGAAGUGGCAAAUAGUUUCAAUAGACAUGACUGUGUAUAUAAAUGUUAUAUAAUUUUAUUAGCAUUUCGUUAGUGAUUAUAGAUGUGUAUUUUCUAUGGCACAUAUGUACUUCUUAGAUGGUACUUUGCAACAUUCAUAUAUCAAUAAAUAUUUGCCGUAAAUGUUGUGUGCAAUUUACAGAUACUACAAGAGCUAUUGUUACAUUUUGAGGUGACUCACUGUUGUUAUAUUGUCGUCCUUCAGGAUCAUGGAGUUAACUAUAUAAUGGAUUUCCGCUUAAUUCGGUGAUAGGGGAAUGAGAGAUGUUGCACAUAUCAAUACCUUUCAAAAACUGACAAUCAAGAGUCGACUUCAAUUUUGCCUGAUUAGGUUCUAUUCUUCUAAAGAAUAAAGUUUAUUCUUAAGGACCAAAUGAAUGGUCACACGUAGCUUUAGUCUGUACAUUUUAUGUUCCAUUCAAUAAUAUUAUGGUAUCUUGACUUUCGUAAAUACAUCUGGAAAAUUUAAAUAAAACCUGUAUAUUUGAUAAUGAUGCACUUCGUCACAGCUGUUAUAAAACAGCAUCCGAGAUCUGUGGUUUGCAUAUGAUUAAUUUACUUAAUAUAUGGCUAAUUAAUAUAUAUUCUUUUCCUACAUUUUUGUAAUCGUUGUAUCAAUUUUGGGUUAUUAUGUCAGUCAUAAUUGAGGAUAGAAAAUUAAAGUAAA